UACUUAACUAAGUCCAGCCAAUGAAAUUAAAAGUGAAAUUAAUAAAUUAGUAAUUAUUUUAAUAGUAGGAAAUAAGAAUGCUUUCAAAAAUCGUUUUUACUGUAUUAGCACUGGCUAUUCUAGUCGCUCAAACACCAUCUACUGAUGGUGCCAAAAUACUCGCUGUGUACGCAUUCCCAGCCAGAAGUCACUUCAUGAUGCAUCGUGCGCUGAUUAGCGAGUUAGUUAAACAUGGCCAUCAGGUCACCAUGAUAACCGCACUAACACUAGAACCUCAGAAAUUGGGCAGCAACUACACAGAGAUACUUAUUGAACCGGAAUACGAUUACUGGAAGGAUAGUGCGGAAAAAUUUGGCGCAAAUCCGGUCUUUGAAAUGAAAAAUGAUGUAUCAAAUUUAUUGAAUAUGAUGAAAAUCAUUUCCUUAACUGGCACGGAACAUGCGCUCAGACAGCCCAAAGUGCAAGACGUCAUCAAUGCCAAACAAACCGAAGGUGUCUACGAUUUGUUACUGGUAGAACAAUUCCAACAGGAAGCAUUUCUAGCAUUGGCCCACAUCUACAAUAUACCAGUAAUGAGCUCUGCAACAUUUGCCCAACAAGCGUACAUGAGUCAGAUGUUUGGCAUUAUCACACCUUGGUCAUAUGUGCCUCUUAAUAUCCUAGAAUUUACCGAGCAUAUGACUUUCUGGGAACGUGUACAAAAUACCUAUCAUUCAUUACAUUGUGACCUCUAUCGAGAAUUUAAAAUCUUUCCAGAAAUGGAUGAGCUGGUGAAGAAAUACUUUGGACAUUUACCAAUAAAGUUCCCAAGUGUAUCGGCUAUGGAUAAGAAUCUCUCUGCUAUAUUAAUUAAUAACUAUACACCGUUAUCGUCGGCCGCUCCCACAAUAGAUAGCAUGAUCAAUGUCGGUGGCAUGCAUAUUUAUCCACCAAAGCCACUUCCCACUGAUCUACAGAAAUUUUUGGAUGAAGCAGAAAAUGGCGUGGUUUACUUCAGUUUAGGCACUCAAGUUCAGGCUAAGGAUAUGCCACUCGAAAAGCUAAAGGUUUUCCUUGACGUAUUCAGUCAACUGAAACAACGUGUCUUAUGGAAAUUCGAAAAUGAUAGCAUUGCAAAUUUACCGAAAAAUGUUAUGAUAAAAAAAUGGAUGCCACAAAAUGAUAUCUUGGCACACCCUAAUGUGCGCGUUUUCAUCGCUCACGGUGGGCUGUUUGGCACACAAGAAGCCGUGUAUCAUGGCGUGCCAAUACUAGGAAUACCAUUUUUCUUUGAUCAGUAUCUAAAUUUGAAGAAAGGUGAACAUGGCGGCUAUGCCAUUACUUUGGAUUUCAAGACGCUUACACGUGAGGAUUUGAAGAAUGGUCUGCAACAAUUGCUCUACAACUCCACCUAUCGUGACACUAUCAAACGGGUCUCGCGCAUUUUCCAUGAUCGCCCGAUGGGCCCACGGGAGACGGCACUCUACUGGAUCGAUUAUGUGAUACGUCACAAAGGCGCACGUCAUUUGCGCGCUGCUGGUUUGGAUUUGAAAUGGUACCAAUUUUAUUUACUGGAUGUUAUCGCACUGGCUGUAGCUGUUGUAGUUGUAGCGCUCGGAGUUGCGCUUGCGUCAUUGCGAUGGGUUUUACGAAGAAUCAAGGAUGGAAAGAUCAAACAAAAAGUGCAGUAAAAAUAUUAACUAUUGGAAUUAUCCUUUUCUGUUUUAUGGAAAAUGUUCGCAAUAUGUAUAUAUUCUAAAUAUCUACUGUACUGUAAUGUGUAUUUACAAGUUUUGACUAUUUAUUUGUUUUGUUUUUGCUUGUAAAAUAAUACAAUUCGAAAUCAUUCUAUAACAAAAACUAAUACAAAAAGUUUGGAACUUUUUAUAAAAUUUAUAAAAUAUCGGCAAAUUUCCAUAAAUAUUUCUCACCUUAUAGUCAAAAUUUUUAGAAAAAGUCAGGUUAUGCAGUUGUAUAUCCCCUUAAAUUUGACUUCAAUAAAGUGUAAGGUUGACGUUGAGUUUUGACAAUUUUCUUCAUAUAACGAAUGUCCGAUAUUUUUUAUGACUCUGAUAGUGUACGUAGAAUAAAAUAAAGUUUACCAAGAACACAUUUGUGUUUAAAGGUUUCUGAAAGCAUGAAGAAUGCUUGACGGUUCACG